CACACAGUGUGGAGACAGGAAGUCACAAUCGACCCUCUCCUAGCUUAGAUGUAGGAACCUUAAGUGGCAGGAAUCAGAGCCACUGCUCUGAGCUGAUUCCAGUCAUGUGUCCCUGACUGGACAUCUUCAGCCACCAGAGAGAGCUUCACAAGGCUCCAUUUCAGUUCCCUUUCUAUUUUCUACAUGCCACUGAAACUGAACAGUUCCCAUGACGCCCUGUAGCCCAGUCACAGUGGCUGAAUUGCCAGCGUUUUAUUGACAUUAUUUCCACCUGCCCCAAACUUAAUGACGUACUCCUCUUUUACAAAAAAAAAAUCAAAGUAUUUCUGAUUCUUUUUCUUCUUUUUUUGGCCCUUCCCACAACUCUCAGUAUGUGACUUGACCGCCGCUGCCCCCUGCAGUUGUGAGCAUGUUCAUCUCAUCCCAGUUUGUCUGCACAGAACUCGUGUGGGAAGUGGGCGAGGUCACGACCUCUGAGGACCCCUCAACAUUGGGACCUGUGUAAGUGAGAAGCAGGCGGGGGUGAGAGGGGGAGUGUCAGGACGUGGGCGAGCUAAGCCGCCCUCUCACAGUUGGAGGAUCGUAAAUCUGGCAGCCAGAAUAGCGUGAUGAUGUCACGUGACCAGGAGCGGUGCAGCGGCACGCAGCCCGCUCUGCCGCACACUCAGAUCAGAGUCCAGAACCACGGGAGGUCCGAGAAACAUCAUGGAGAAGUCUGACCCCCACUGACCCCUUCAACUCCUACGACCAUGAGUGGCCAGACGAGCGCUCAUAAACAGGAGAUCAUCAAACUGACUGAGCAGCUGAUCGAGGCCAUCAACAAUGGAGACUUUGAAUCCUAUGUGAAGAUCUGCGACCCCGGCCUGACCUCGUUUGAGCCGGACGGCCAGGGGAACCUGGUGGAGGGGAUGGACUUCCACAGAUUCUACUUUGACAACCUGGGAUCCCGGAGCAGCCCGCCGGUCCACACCACCAUCCUCAACCCGCACGUACACAUGCUGGGCGAGGACGCCGCCUGCAUCGCCUACGUCCGCCUCACACAGUUCGUGGACGCGCAGGGUCGGCCCCGCUCCAGUCAAUCGGAGGAGACGCGCGUGUGGCACCGCCGCGACGCCCGCUGGCAGAACGUCCACUUCCACUGCUCCGGGGUGGCUGCUGCCCCCCUGCAGGGCUGAGUGGUACUGCCGCGCCCGACACCCCCGGCUCUCCCCUGCAGCAGUGGAUUACCGCACCUGUCCCCCCGUCACCUGCUCCUACUGGUCACGUGACCGUGCCGACAGCUUCGUCGGGACUCGGAGCCACGUCAGCGAGGAAGGACACGUGACCUCGUCUCUUCCUGCAGCACCCUCACCUGGCCUGCGGGUGGCGCCCAGACAACAGGAUGAGCACACUGCUAACUGAAGAGGUCAACGUUCCACUACUGGCAGCUUUUCCUCAGUGUGUGUCUACUUGUUUAUCCUUAUUUUUGGUGACCAAUCUUUGACAAAACACCUCCUUGUGAGAACCUUAUGCCUUUGUGGGGACCAUUUGGCUGGACCCUCAAUUUGAGGAUGAAGCCUUCAAAAUACCCGGGUCAUUAUAACUGAGUCCUGCUUAAGGUUAGCCAUGUGUUUUGGAUGGUUAGGUUUAGGGGAAGAGGCUGGGGAAAGGGUUAUAUCAAUGAGAGGUCCGCACAAGGACAGAGAUACAAUGUGUGAGUGAGUGUGUCCACUGUGGUGUUCACCCUGAAGUCCUCUCAGAGGAGCUGAUGAAGAAGCUGGAGUUGUCUCUGGGGUGAAAGCUCUACUCAUGUGACCUCAUGUUCUCUGAACCUCCAUUAAAG